ACUCAAGCGGCUGUUUCCUCAGGAGAGCACUUUGGUCCUCUUCCUCUUUCAUUCCCUUCCUGUCUUUCCCGUACCUACAACCGGCCAAAAAGAAAAUGUUUUACCUACAGUUUUCAACAAUUGCUUCCUCUGAUUCUCCACUUUUUCUAAGCUUCUGUCACCCGAGGAAGAUUCAACAAUUUCUUGACCAGAAAAGUAGGAAGCUUGAACGCUUCUUGCCUUUCAACUGGCUGAACAGUUAGAAGCCUUCUCGCAGGAGAGAAUGACAGAAACCACAUAACUACAUGCGCAGAGUUGUAGUGUAGCUUAAGGCGAAGAGGAAGUUGGAAGAAGAGGAAAUCUAAUCAGAUUACUAAAGUUGGAAUUUCAGGACACAACUGAACUGCUGUGUGACAAGUUCAAGAUAUGGCUGUAGAGUUCGUCAAUGCCAUUGAUGCUGCUGCAGCUGCUGAGAGUGAAUGUGCUAGACUGAGAAGACUGCUUGAAGAAGAGAGAAAGGUUGUGCAAAGGCUUCAGCGAGAAAAUGUAGAUGAGGCUCAAAUGGCCAAGAGAAAAAUUGAAAAGAUGAGCUAUCUAUUAGCUGAGGCUCAUAAAGAUGCUAAGCAUGCUACAAUUAGAGCUGAUUUUGCUGAGAAUGAAUGGGUUAAAGUGAAGAGAGAAUUGCAAGAAACUCGAGAGCUUGUGCAAUUGCUAAAGCCAGAAGGUGAGGAGACAAGACAAGGUGUAUCGACACGGGUUGACGACAAAGAACUGGAGCUAAAUAAUGCCCUUGGUGCUGCUUCAACUGCUGAGAGUGAACGUGAUAAACUGAUGAUAAUGCUGGAGGAAGUAAGAAAACGUGUCCAAAGGCUUAUACUUGAGAAAGAUGAUGAGGCACAACUGACCAAGAGAGAAAUUGAAGAGACAAGUCAAGAAUUAGCCAAUGCUCGAAAAUAUGCUGAGUAUGCAACUACUAGAGCUGACAUAGCUGAGCGUGAAUGUGCUCAACUGAAGAGAAUGCUGGAAGAAGAGCAAAAAAUUGUGCACAGGCUUAGACUUGAGAAAGAUGAUGAGGUGCAGCUAGCCAAGACACAAAUUGGAGAGAUUGAUCAAGAAUUAGCCUGUGCUCAAAGUGGCACCAAGUUAGCUCGAAAGCAUACUGAUGUUGCUGAGGUGAAAAGCGAUUUGAAGAGAAUGGAAGAGCUUGUCAAAUUGCUGGAGUUGGAACAUCAAGAGAUGAGAAGUGAAUGUACUAAACUUAGAAGAAUGCUGGUAGAAGAAGGAAACACUGUCCAGACGCUUAUGCUUGAGAAGAAUGAUGAGGCCGAACUGGCCAAGAGACAAGUUGAAAAGAUAAUUCAAGAAUUAGCCAAUGCUCGAAAAGAUGCUCAAUUUGCUCGAAAGGAUGCUGACAUUGUUAAGAAUGAAUGGAUCAAGUUGAGGAAAGAGUUGGAGGAAAAGGAACAGUUUAUCAUACAUCUAAAGCAGCAAAUUCUGGAGAUGAGAAUAAUUACUAUGCGACAAGUUGAAGACAUUAGUCAAGAAUUAGAUCAUGUUCAAAAGGAAGCUGAGUAUGCUCGAUAUGAUGCUAACAUUGCUAAGAAUGAAUGGUUCAAAACGAAGAAAGAGUUGCAGGAAAAGCUUGAGCUUGUGCAGUUGCUGAAGCUGGAAUGUCAAGACACUAGAGAAAACGCCAUGAGACAAGUUGAAGAAAAAGAACUAGAAUUAGCCGAUGCCCUUGAUGCUGCCACAGUAGCAUCAUCAGGUUCUGCUGCUGCUAAGGAUUGUGCAGUUUGUCUGGUCAAUGAAAAGGACACAGUCUUUGGAUGUGGACACAUGACUUGUGAAAAAUGUGGGAUGAAGCUGAUCAUGUGCCCUAUAUGUCGGAUUCAGAUAACCCACCGGAUCAAACUGUUUCCUGGAUAACUAGAGGGGUAUGCUUAGGUUCAAAUCAAACCUCUCUGCCUUCCAUUCUCCUUAUUCUUUCAUUACCUUUGUAUGUCAUUAACAUACCAGAAGUUUUCUUGCCGGUGUGCUUUUAAGGUGAUGCAAUGCGGAUAGAUUGUUCUGUUUGGAUGAGAAGGAUAAAAACUAGGAUAUGAUUACUGCAAAUAAUGGAAUCAGAAAUAAGUCUGACAAAAAAACUCUCAGAUAAUCACUCCAUGCCACUUUAUUUUUAGUGCUUCUCAUGUGGUGUGCAACUACAGCUAUUAACUUGAAGGCUUUGGAUGACCCCAAAGCAAAAUGCAUCUGUUAAUGCAGUGGAAUGUAGUGGGUCAAGAGAACUCUACUUUC